AUGGGUAAUUUUUUCUGGAAUCUGGUGUAUAGUUUGAUGGCCGGAAAUGGAAUGCCUGCAUUGGGUCGUGUUAAGGUCUGUGAUCUAGCUCCUAGUGAAGGUCUACCUUCUGAUUCUUACAAGUUAGCAGUGACUACAUUAUCUCAAUCUCUAGCUCAGUACUCUGCAGCCAUCAUUCAGUUUCCUGCUAGCGAUGCAGCUCUCCUUAGAUCCGGUCUUGAUUCCGCUAGGCUCUAUUUUCACCAGAGAGAUUCAUAUCCAGCGGCUAAUAGCAUGAUCCACACUAAUGAUUCACGAGAAUGGUGCAAGACCUCUGGCUACUACGCAGAUCCUCAGUCGUGGCAAGAGAGCUACGAGUAUAGACCUGGUUUGACCUUCACCGAGGCAACCAACUCUAUGGAGUUCCCUCCAUCUGGUUUGCCCGAUAUCUUUGCUUUACUAGGAAAAGCUGCUCGUGUGGUUCUUGAUGCCAUCGGUUUCUAUUUGAACUUGAGAAGCUGUCCAUUCACUGAGAUUCUUGAUAAUGUCCCUUUGAGGAACGGUGAGAUAUCUUCCUCUGUGUUAUCUGUUUGCUGUUAUGCGAGGCCUUCGUUUCAUGGAGCGCAGCACCAUAACUUAACAGAAGAAGAGCAGCUUAUCAUGUAUUCAGACCAUGAUCACCAGCUUGACAAGAGUCUGGUCUCGUUUGUGAAAUCGGAUAAGGCAGGGUUGCACAUCAGGGAUAUGCACGGUCAGUGGAUUUUAGUGGAUGUGGAUCUUGGUCCUCAAGAGGCUGUUGUGUAUCCGGGGCUAGCUCUUUACCAGGCUACGGCGGGUUAUGUGAGUCCUGCAGUGCACAGAACCGAUCUAAACAGUAUGCAAGGAAGUCUAGAAGGGAGGUUCUCGUUGGCCUUCAAACUCAUGCCUAAAUCAAUGACCAAUCUGAGCUGCUCGGAGAUGAGAGCAGCAGGUCAUGGUGUUGAAGCUCAGUUUCAGCUCCCGGUUUUAGUCGAUGACUUCAUGCAGAGAUCUCACUCAAAUGAUGAGCUCUUUAACAGACAGACUUUGCAAAGCUUCAGUGUUCCUCAAUCCCAGGAUGGUAUAAGAGUCCUUCCUUGGAUCGAUGGUACAGGAUCUAUGAAACAGCUGAAAAAGAGGAGGAAGAGCGAUUCCAGAUUAAAACCCUUACCACCAUCGAAGCGGCUGAGGUUAGAAGCGCAGAGAGUUCUCAAGGAACGAGUACAGGAGAUUGCAGAUAAAAAAGGAAUCAAACUCAGAUUCUGCAACCUCAAGGAGUGCGAGAAUAACCACAACGUAAUGAACAGCCCUUGCGAGAGUAUAAGAAGAGAGAUUGGGUGGCCUCACGGGGUUCCAUUUGUUCAUCCUCACGACCUCCCAAACAAAGCCAAAAUCGGGUUCCUUGAGACAUAUGAGCCAGGAUGGUCUGAAACACAUGACAUGGAGCUCAGUCUCUCUGAAACAGCUCAGGGAAACCAGCAUUUUCCGAGGUUAACAGCACUCACUGAUUUAAUUGCAGGAGAUGAGAAGAUGAGAGUUCAUGUCUUGGUGUCUUGGUUUGCCUCCCUUGGCUGUUCAGGUCAGGUUUCAGGGUCAGUGGUUGCACAUGCUGUGUUUGAAAUAUGGAACACCAGAGACGAGAUAAAGCUCUCUGAAUGGCUCUGA